AUGGAAUCAAGGCCUUCUUCCUCCCCGUUACUGGAAGCGGUCUCUGCCGUCUGUCAGGAUGAAGAAAACCCCCACCGGUUCCUGGCCAGUAUCUCCCAGGAAUGGACUACUCAGCACUCCGUACUAGGAGGUUUCCUGCACGCGUUGAUGCUGUCCGCCGCGAAGAAGUUUAUCGUUACGGAGCUCGGCGAUGGACGGUUUCCCGACCCAGUGCAUGCAUUCGUGCAGUUCCUCAGCAUGGUUCCUCCUGGUCCGGUCUCGAUCACCUGCAGUCUCUUGCGUGUUUCCACACGGCAGUGUGUGGUCAACGUGGAACUGGUACGCUCUCCUGCUGCGCUGUGGAAGAAGCCGGAACUUCCGGCUACUGUCGGAAUCUUCACAUACGGUGACCUCUCCAAGGAAAGAGGUCUGUCGCAGGCAAGCGACCCUGCUUUGAGGAUUCCUGCUCCUCCGCGUGAGACCGAGUGCGUCACAAUCGAUGACCCAGUAGUUGAUUCGACUCCCGUCACACGGAAACUGCACUGGGUAGCGCCGAGGUCGGCAAACGGGCUCUGGGGUCAUCGACUGGGAGGACAUCACCGCGAGGUCUGGAUGUCCUUCCGGGACGGGUCGAAGAUCUCCGACUCUCUGCAUCUAGCCUUGCUGUCGGAUAUGCCGCUUCAGCCUGCCGCAACCCACCAACCAGGCUUCUACAACCGCUACGCACUGUCCACGCUCUGCAUUUCCGUGGAGUUCAAGCGACGGCCCGACCCGUCCAUGCAGUGGGUGAUGAUCCGGUCGAAUUCGCACAUGGUGUCCAAUGGCCGCUACGAUGUAAACCUUCAGAUCCUGGCGGAGAACGGCGAUAUUCUGGCUCUCAGCAAUCAUGUUCUGUAUAUCUCAGAGCUACGUCCACCAAAGGGGGCUAAGAUGUAG